GGGGUCUGAUUGAAUCUUCCUGCCAUACGACUUUCACUCUCGUACGCUUAUGUCCUCGGUGUAAUUCUCAGUAUUAGACUGUGCUUCAGUAGUAGCACUAUUUUUACACAAGGAGUGGGGAGGGUUGGCAUAGUAAAAGACUCUCCUUCAUCCCCCUCCUUUCAACUCCAGCGCAUUCGAGAAAUGGUCUAUAGUAGACGAGAGAGGUCAACGACUUCUCGGAACGAAACCAAACGCAAACGAUUGCACAUGGUGGAACCCUGCAUUCACGAAUUCGACGGCUGACGUGAUCAAGGACAUAUUUUUACAGUUCAGAGUUCUGGUAACUUGAACAGGUCUAGUAAUGCAAAUUUGAACCAUCAUUCAUUUUCAGAACUGUUUAUUGUGAUGUGGUAUUUUCAGCACGGACUCAGCUGUUUGAGAGAUUUAUGUAGAAUAUAUUCAUUCGUAUGAAAUGAAGUAAUGUUUUCAUUCUGGACUAUGUCAGCGUGCUAAAUUUGUUCUGUUCAACGAACUGGUGUGUUUCAAAGGAUUAUACCGUUAAGUAUAAAGGAACCCACUUCUACUCCACUGUCACUUUUCCCAUAACGGUUGUGCUACUUUUGGGUUUCGCGCGUGGAUGGGCUCUGUGACGGACAAGGAGCGUAGAAAGUGCAAAAAGUGAAACCGUUUUUAUGCUUAUACACGGUGAAACAGUGAAAAUACAAUUUUUCAUUCAAGUGAACGUGAAAUUAAACUGUACUGUCACAUGGUUCGGUGAUUACCAGCGAGACUGCUAAGGGGGGUGUGGAUAUGAUGGGCCCUGAACCAGGAAUUACUUUCUUGCGGUGCUGUUGUCAUUGACAGGAUUUAAAAAUGAAUUAUGACCCUUACGAAAACUCCUUGUGAAUUGGACACGAUGAGCCUCUUCCAGGACCUGAAGUUGAAGCGCCGAAAGGUGGACUCCAGGUGCAGCAGUGAUGGCGAGAGCGUGGCGGAUACCAGUACGUCGUCGCCGGACAUGGCGGGGCCCGUGUCACCCUGCCCCAAAGUGGCGUCCGAGAGUGUCCGAUCUUCCCCCAGUCCUGCACAUAGGGACAGCGCCCGGACAUUGGUUUUCCGAGCCGAUGCUUCUAGUGACUCUCGUGAUAUGACGCACAGGGCUUCCCCGGACUCGGCACAGCCUGAGGGAACACCUAGGCGCGAGGACACGGCGCCAGAAGAGGAGGGCGGCGAAACGCGUGGGGGUGGAUCGCAGGUGAAGAAAGAAGGCGGUGAUAAUAGUGUUUUUGACGGGGGUGGCGGUAGUAGUGGUGAAAUGCAUCAAGGUGUGGUGCAGAGACAGGGGCCCAGCUCCCAGCAACAGCAACAACAGCAGCAGCAGCGUGCAAAUGUGGUGGUCACAACUCCUGGCAUGAUUCCUCCACCUACAUUCUGGGCAUCGCCCAGUAGCCCCGUAGCUGCUGCAUGUCGGAUAAAUGGGGUCCGCCCCGAACUGAUAGGUGGCGGAGGUGUGAACUUCAACCCUCAGCCGUCAGGCACGGCGACAUCCGCGAUGACUCUGUUGCACCAUGAGAUGAAACCUCCAGUAACUCACGCACAAUCGUCGCGAUCAACCGGAGGGUCUCCGGGAGUCCUUCGUUCCGCACCUACAGUUAUCAUGGGUGAGGCUGGUGGAGUAAGGACGAUGAUCUGGUCUCAACCUACCUCGCUGGAGCCGCAGCAGCCGCCGCCAACCCAGCAACUUCUCUCUGCCGCGUCGACUUCUACAUCCACAUCCUGCUGGUCCUCGUCUCCAUCGCCGGGUUCUAGUGGAAACGGCAGCGAAGAGUCUGCUGCACAGAUGCUGCUAAAUCUCGGCCAGGAUCAGCAGCACCACCAUCUGCAGGCGGCAACGGCAGUGGCGUCAUCUUCUUCCCGCCCUCCGCAGUUCCCCCUUCCUCUGAAUAUGGAGAGGUUAUGGGCUGGGGAUCUAACGCAGUUACCAGUUUCCCAACAGCAACAGAUGCAGGCGUUGAAUCUGACGUCCACUGCUACCUCUGGAGGCACUCCUAUGCCUUGGACGCAGAGAAAUGGUGGUAAUGGAGAACAGAAAGUGCUGUCUCCUGGCAUGCCUGUUCUGGGGGCGGAGCACCAUCUGGUGAGUCACCCCCAAGAAGACCAGGAGGAAGAGGAACAGCCGAUGAUCUGCAUGAUUUGCGAGGACAAGGCGACUGGCUUGCACUACGGUAUCAUCACCUGCGAGGGAUGUAAGGGUUUCUUCAAACGCACGGUACAGAACAGGCGUGUUUAUACGUGCGUCGCUGAUGGCAACUGUGAGAUAACAAAGGCGCAGCGCAACAGAUGUCAGUAUUGUCGCUUCAAGAAGUGCAUUGAGCAGGGUAUGGUUCUACAAGCUGUUCGAGAGGAUCGGAUGCCAGGAGGCCGAAAUUCAGGAGCUGUUUAUAACUUGUACAAGGUUAAAUACAAGAAGCACAAGAAGAAUCCAAAAAACGGGCAGGUGAAAGGUCAGGCGGAGAAACAGAAGGGGAUGGUAACACCUGAGCAUGGAAUCCCGCCUCACCUAAUGAAUGGAACGAUUUUGAAAACCGCUCUCACCAACCCCAGUGAGGUGGUACACUUGCGUCAGCGACUGGAUAAUGCUGUGAGCUCAUCACGAGAUCGGGCAUUUCCAAUUGAAGCGACGCUGACCAUGAUCCAAACAUUAAUAGACUGCGAUGAAUUUCAGGACAUAGCCACAUUAAGGAAUUUGGAUGAACUGCUGGACCACAAGUCUGACCUCUCAGACAAACUGUGCCAGAUUGGUGACUCUAUAGUUUACAAGCUGGUGCAAUGGACAAAGAGGUUACCCUUCUACUUGGAAUUGCCUGUUGAGGUCCAUACAAGAUUACUAACUCACAAGUGGCAUGAACUGCUGGUGUUGACGACAUCAGCAUAUCAGGCAAUCCAUGGAGCACACAAAUUAGGUAGUACCAGCAGUGAUGGGACAGAGGCAGACUUCACUCAAGAGGUCUCCAAUAACCUUGUAACACUUCAAACAUGCCUUACAUCAAUGAUGGGGCGACCGAUCUCGAUUGAUCAGCUGCGACAGGAUGUGGGUCAGAUGAUAGAGAAGAUAACACAUGUGACACUCAUGUUCCGCAGAAUAAAACUUCGGAUGGAAGAGUAUGUGUGCCUGAAAGUUAUCGCCAUGCUCAACCAAGGUCGAGGUGAUUCAAGUGAACUUGAAACUAUUCAAGACCGAUACAUGACUUGUCUCAGAAGUUUUGAGGAGCACAACUUCCCACAACAACCCACCCGCUUCCACGAACUGCUAGUCCGACUGCCUGAGGUUCAAUCAGCAGCUGCUUUGCUUCUGGAUAGCAAAAUGUUCUACGUUCCAUUCCUGCUGAAUUCUGCAAUCCAGAGAUAGUACAUCGAUUCUCUCGGUAGCAACCCCUACCAAUGGUCAAGAUGGAAUUGUGACAAUCGAAGGCGGCAGAAUGGGAUUUUGACCGCACGGUGAUCGUACACUGUGAUCAAUGGGAAUUUAUGGCAGUUAUUUGGACAUACAGCCAUCCCAUUCUUGCUUUGCAAAAAGGGUUGUAGAAAUAUCUAUUAAGAUUUGACACUGCUGCCUAAAAAUGCAAGAAAAUUCUUGAGUGUUUUCUCCAAGUUUGUUUAGAUUAAAGUGAAGUAUAUAGGCAAAUGGUCAGAUGUGUUUCAAGAAGGUUCAAGCAUGAAGGGAUGAAUCAGUUACCAUUACCAUUUCUGUUGGAGGAAAAUGAAUGGAUACAAGUGGAAUGUCGUGGGCCAAGUCGCUGAUCAGCACCAGUGCACAGUGUGCAGGCAGAUGGACAGAAAUGGAAAUUCACCAUACAGUACUUGCAGCCUAGCAUUUUAGCCGGUGCUAGGCUAAAGGAUGUGUAAGGCUAAAGUGAGACUAAGUUUAGGAUAAAUGUAAAAAUAAAUGUAUGUACUUCAGUAAAGAGUGUGUAUUCUGCAAGAUGAUGUACAAUAUGUUGCAAACAUAUAGGUCAAAACCUUAGACCCGGACCAGUUCAUAAAUAUAAUUUUGUCAGUGCAGUCAAGCUGAAAAAAAAAAUAGAAGGAAAGUACAGAUGAUUUUGAUAUGAAAUUGGAGGAGCAACACGUAAUUCCUAAAAGCUGUUACCAUAGCGAUUUUUCGCAACCAAAGUAUCCUUAUACUGCCUUAACAGAUCAAGUUACCGGAAGAUGUUUUACAACAUCACUAAACUCGACUGAACAUCUAAAGUCAUUGGUUGAAUCAAGAACCACCUAACAUAGAUUUUCUGAGUUGCAGUGGUUAAUCGAAGUUAGCUUCUUCCCUCCGAAGAGAUAUUUCCCAUAGUGCAAUGUAACAGGAGUAAUAUAUUCAUUACUUAAUAUUAUAAUUAUUAUUACCUUAUAAUUAAGUGUUUUUCCAACAAUAACUAAAUAAAAAUACCAUAAAAUUCCAAUUUUCAGAUCAGUCCACAAGUUACCAAUGUCAAGCAGGUGUAAUUAUAAAGAUGUUCCUCUUUUUUUUAAGAUCAUUUAAUUUUGAAUGAUGUAAUAUAACACUGUGUGAAGAGUAACAUUAGCUCUUUGUGAAUUUUAAUUUUUUAAACUGUCCUGAAGGUGGGAAUAAGAGAAAGGGUCAGGUAAGAUUAUUAAAGGGAUGAACCCUUUCUGACAUGAUUACCAUAUAUUUUCCCUGACCUAAGCACGUAUUGUCAGUUAAAAACAUGUGAAGUACAAAGAAAGAUAAACGAUUUUUUAAGGAAAACUAGUAAAAUGAUGUGUUUUUGGAAAAUAAAACCUUUUCAGUGUGCGUCAUCGUAUGCUUCAAUUAUUGUCAGUAUUGUAAACUAAUUUUAGGGUUACUCCUAAUGGUUGAAAUUGUCAUUGUUUCUUCUCUUUGGUAAGCAUAACUACGCCUUUUGCAAAGUAUUUCUGUAAGUGUAAAAUAAACAUUUUCAUGACACUAGACUUUAAAUAUUAUAUACUGCAGAUUUUUAUAACGUAUUUGGAAGUUUUAGAUUUUGGAAAUACUUAAUAAUUGUUGCAGUAGUUAUUUGGCAAGAGUUUCUUAUUUUCCAAGUUUAUGGCACUGCUUCAAGACAGAUGUAGCAACCAUUUAGAAUAUGUGGGCUUUUACAAAUCUGUUUGUAAAUGAAAGUAAAAGUAUACAUGGUGCUAGGUCUCUUAAGAGAAAAAGAAAAUGAAGUCUUUGGUGACUCUAAACCUCAGAAACUUAAACUUAUAAGACAUUCUUGCAUGUCUUAUUAAAAAUGUUUAAAAGAACUGUGGAGCUUUGGAAAAGCUCGUAUUGUUGCCUUGUGUUGUUCUAAUCUACAAGUGUGAAUUCAAUGUCUUUGUUGUCUAAAGUGUAAAUAAUAUCAGAUGUAUAAAGAUUAUUAUUAAAGCAAAUUUUCUAAGAGACUGGUGAUAUAUCAGAGUUGGAAGUUCCAGUGUACUUGAAGUUCCUGGUGAACAUUGGCUUGUUAGUUGACAUUGUUUCAUUGUUGUUCUCUUUGGUUAACUAAUACAGUGGUGUAAAUGCCAGAUUUGAGAAUAAUACAACAUUUUCAUAGCAGUGACAUCAAUGUCUGUAAGACUUUAAAGCAGUUUCUGAAAUGGGAAAAUUGUAGAAUGUGAAUAAGAUGCUUUUAUGGAAAUAGAACUAAACUUAUCUGUCCUUCUGUAAUGACCUAUAUAUCAUAAGUUCCUUAGCACUAUGAUUUUGAAAAUUAUUAAGAUACGAAUUAUUAAAUUUUGUAUGUAUAUAUAUAUACUCUCUGUGGUUCUUUUUCCAAUAACGACUUACAAAUUUUUAAGUUAAUAAGCUGUACCAAACACAACUUCUCAUGCAGAAAGAUUAUAAAAAUGAAGAGAUGAAUGAACAGCAAAUUGAUUCUACCCUCAUGUGCUGCUUAAAAGUAUAUUAAAUUUAAGAAGUUACCAUUUAAUUUCAUGUCCAGAUGUUAUAUAUAAGAUGCAAUGCAAAUUUCACUACAGCUGCACACUUUAACACUUCUUAAAACUUGAUGUGGAAGAUAUAUGUUUGGUUGGUUUCAGAUUAUUGUUUUAAUAUGUUCCUGUAAUAAUUGAUCGGUAUCCAUCAACAAUUAUUGGUGCACCCUUAAUAUAGAAAUUACAUUAAAAUGUGUAUUUAUUGAUUUUAUAUUAAUUUGUGAUGGCACUGUAAAGAUUAUCAACAAUGAAUGAUGGCUGUGAUUUCAUGUCAGACUUUUGAACAUUGAUUCCAUCCUAUAUAACAUAUUAAAUCAAAGGUACAAAGUGAUGUGGCGGUAGGAGGAAGAAAUGGAGGGUCACUGCUAUAGCUAAAGAUGAUUAUGGCAAAAUUAAUUUUUGUGGUUCUUUCUUUAUCCCAGGCAUCUCCCAUUCCGUUCCUAUCUGUAUGAUAGUUUUAAUAUACAGGCAAGCUUCAAGAUUACUUGUGUCAUGAAAAAAAUUGGACAUCUGCUUUUAGUGCAUAGUCUUGAGUUUUCUAUCAUAGAUGUUUCCUUUUAUCAGCCAUUACAUUAUUUUGCAACCUACUCUUAAACCACUGCAGUUCCUGUAGACUUGACAUGACUUUAAAAUAAUCAUAUUUUUUUUACAUGUGAACACAAUGAGAGAUUAGAUAGUUAAAAUGGUGUGUGCACUGCAGUUAGUAUUGACACACAUUACAGAUUGAUAGUUUGUGGCAUAUGCAACUGGGAUGAACAGAGGAGUCAUUCCAAGCAGUGUGGAAUUGGUACAGUCCAUGACUGUAUAACCCUCUUUUUAGUCUUUCAUUAAUUGAUGUUUGAGGUUGUACCCCAAAAUCUCAUGGUUUCUGUUAAAAAAGAGGUAAAGUUGUCCCUGUGCUUAACUAAUUAAGCACUAUAACAUGAAGAUGUAUGAGGGAGUGGUUGU